AGAAGCUACAAACGGCUUCAUCUUCCAACCCCUCCCCGGCUCUCCAUCGUGAUUCAGAGAAUCAGCUAACCUAGGUACCUAAUCUUAGCCGAGACCCGAGUUGUUCGUACACCGAGUUCCUUACCUGCUGACUCGUUGGAGGCUCAAUGGCUUGGCUUGGUGUGUGUGGGGAGAUGAAAUUGAGGCACUGGACCUUGAUGGCUGUGGAAUGAGGGGAGGGGAAGGAGGGCUUGAGAUGACUUGUGCAGAGGCAGGUUAUGACCCGAUGGGGCAGUGGCAUCGGCCAAGGCCAAAGGCAAGAGCGUCAGGAUAAAGAGGGUCUAUAUAAGACCCUUACCAUGUCUGCCUCGAUGUUGUCAUUUCCUGUCACAAUCCAAACAUCGCCCUCAUCGGACCGAUCAACUAGCUACCAGACUCCAGAGACCGCACGGUUUCAGACAUUGUUGUCUCACUUUCCAAUCUUCCGAGUUUGCGGCAACUUCCUAUACAUUCAUAUUUCCUCAGCUUGUCCCACAAAGCCCACCACCGGUCCGGGCCAAAACAUACCUUACCAACUUCCAUCAAAACCUUCCUGCGAUACAUCUUGUCAGUGUCACACAAGUCACAAGCAAUGAUUGUCACCCAAGUCCUCCUCCUGGUCGGCAUGGCCUUGAGCGCCACAACCGUCACCGCCGACCCCGUCAUCAAAACCUGCCAAAAUAUCAAGUGUGCCGUCCGAUGCCAGAUGGUCAAUGGCCACCCUACCUGCGUGGAUGGUGGCCCUCCCACAGCUGUCACAGCCGCCUCUGAGGAACUCGUCAACGACAACAGAACCUCCGUCGUCACAGGCGAGAAGUGCGGUAUCACAACCUGCCCCACCGGACAAACCUGCUGCAACGCCUCCUGCGGCCUCUGCGUCUCUCCAGGCAUGGCAUGCACUCAACAACUCUGCGAGCCCGCCGGCGUGCAAUGUGGCCCCAACGUUUGCUCCGGAGAUACACCUGUCUGCUGCAAUAAGAGCUGUGGAAUCUGCACCGCUCCGCGUGGAUUCUGUACGCAGCAGUUUUGCGAACGCGGGUUUACCCCCAGCGAGAGCAAGAGGAACGAGGAGGCCGAUAAGAUCAAGUUGGGAAACCAAAAGUGCGGAAAGGCGACUUGCCCUGAAGGAAUGAGCUGCUGUAACUCUAGCUGUGGCAUCUGUGUGAAGCCAGGAGGUGUGUGCACUCAGCAGUUUUGCGAACACGGUUUUAUUUCUGGCGAGAGCAAGAGAGAAGAGGAGACUGAGGAGAUCAAGUCGGGGAACGAAACUUGCGGGAAGGUGACUUGCCCUGAGGGGACGAGCUGCUGUAACGCUAGCUGUGGAAUCUGUGUGAAGCCGGGAGAUGGGUGCACUAAGCAGUUUUGCACCUAGUGCGGAUGCUCAGACUGUUGAGGAUGCUUGAAGGGGUUGAAGGGCGUGGUGGCGGUAUGAUGACAUAGGAUAACAGGGAGUAGUGGAGGUGGCUGGCCGGGCUGAUUCGAGGUGAGAGGCUGCUGGCUACCGAGCGGGAGGGUUAUGGUUGGUACGGGUAUCUCGCGUUGGAAUGGGUGAAGAUGUCCGGUAGGAAUGGCGGAUGACCGGCAUCCAGGAGGUUGAAAAAGACGGUGGAGGGUGGAGAGGGUUUGAUGAUUUCAUUCCAUUGGGUUGGGUUUUGUCUGAUGUGUCCUUGUUGGGGGCACAAUGGGAGUAUAAGGGAUGAUCACGGUGGUUAUGGGACAGGGAAUCACCACACAUACUCGAUUUUUGGGAGGUUUCUUUAGAUAAUUUUCGAUUGCUUCAUCCUCUGUGUAGUUGGAGGUGAUGCUCUUUGUCGGUAUUGCGUUUCAGUUGGAAGCCAUUCGACCUUCUUGUUGGUGUGUUCUUUCCUUCAAUAUACAUGUUCUUAUGCGG